AUGGGUGCUACCGUAAUUUCAACAUUGGUACAUUCGCGCGGUGCCCCGGUGGCUGCGACAGACCCAUGGCGCGUUGCUGUCAACCCUGCGUGCAAGGAUGCUGCUGUUCACCAACAGCAUCCUGAGCGGAAUCGCCAGCUGUACGUUCCAAAAGGUCUUCCGCAAGGGCCUGUACACACUCCACAACAGGGUCCACAGAAUGGCGCCGGCAAAGAAGCGCAGGCAACCUGUCCGCAACACGGCACUCCACAAGAAGGACACGGCAUUUUCGAUUAUUUUAUACAAUUAAAAGCAGAGCACGGUGCGCAGUCGCUGGUUCAUACUUCAGCUGCGGACACGGGUGCAUUGGGGGCUGUACCGGUGGGCUAUGUGCUUCAUGUUGCGGUCCCACCUGUGGGUAAACUUCCUUCUUCAAAUGCAAACCAAAUUCAUUGUUAA